AUGUCGUCUUAUUUCAGCAUGAACUGGAUUCUUCUGAUUUUGUUUACAGACCCCACAGUAUCACAAUCACUUGUGAAAGGAGAGGUUGGUCAGAAUGUCACUGUGCCCUGCUUUUACAAUGUUAAGACGACACAAGACAUCACAUCAAUGUGCUGGGGUCGUGGCAGCUGCCCUGUUUCAAAAUGUUAUCAGGCCAUUAUCUGGACAGAUGGAUGGAAGGUGACAGAGCAGUACAACAGCAGGUAUAUAUUGAAAGGGAACCUGCUGAUGGGCGACGUGUCCCUCACGAUUGUGAACGCCAAGGAAGCAGACAGUGGGAUAUACUGCUGCCGCGUGGAGAUCUCGGGGUGGUUCAAUGAUCAGACAAGUAAUCACAAUGUUGUGAUAGAGAAAGCUAGGACCUCUACUGCAAGUCCUCACACUUACACCUCUGAACAGACCUCAGCUCAUGGGAGCACCAGUGAGUCAGCCUUCACCAUCACAAGAACGUGGCCAUCAGUUUCUGCUUCGGAAGCUCCUCAGACUGCCUCCAGUCCCUGCUCAAGCACCUCAGACUGCUUGGAUGUAACCACAAACCUGCAGAACAUGUCUGUGUCACUUCACAGUCAUCAGUAUUCAGAAAAUGGACUAUACAUUGGGAUUGGUUUAUGUGCGGUACUUCUAGCCAUCCUCAUUUUGGCUCUGUUCCUUACUAGACCUAAAAUGUCCCAUUUUGUGCUGUUUCACUGGAUUAUGAUACAGAUCUUUGUAGAGCACACCGCAUCCGAAGCUGUUGUUAGAGGAGUAAUAGGGCAACCUGUUCAGUUGCCUUGCUUUUACCAGGUGGCACGACAGAAGGACAUCUCCGAUAUGUGCUGGGGCAGAGGCCCGUGCCCAAAUUCAAAGUGCAGUAACAAAAUUUUGCACACCACUGGGAAUAGGGUGACGUUCAGAAAAUCUCAGAGAUACAAUCUCCAGGGCUAUAUUUCCUAUGGAGAUGUGUCUCUCACGAUUGGGAAAGUGAAGGCAGAAGAUGCAGGUACAUACUGCUGCCGCAUAGAGAUCCCGGGUUGGUUCAACGACAUCAAACAGAACAUGCGACUGGAGGUGGUCAGAGCCCUUCCAGUGAUGACAACCACCACGAGAAAGGCUCCUGUUUCCCCUAAGCACUUUAGAAAAACAACUUUUGAUCCCCAAGCAACCUCUGAUCAUCAAACAACAGCAGAGAUUGCUGUCCUCCUGACAACCACCAUCCCCUCAGCAACAACUGCAACCACCGAGCCUCCAGCCGUAAUUACAGUGGAAACCAUUGUUCCUCCAACUUUUGCUGUGACAGCAAAUGAUAUUUUUCCAGAAACUAUGGUGACAACCAGUGCUCUCCCAGACUUUUCAACUGAUUUCCAAGCAACUGACCUGAGGACGGAAGAUGACGAUGUGUUCUGCCCAGAAGAGUCUGUCCCCCUUCCUGGAGUGACUACCGAAUUCCCAAGUACACUUCCAACUGCAGAGGGAACUAAAAGUGCUGACACUUCUGUUGUGGUGGAAGAUGUGCCAACUGCAGGGAUUUCAUCAAGUUCAGAUGACAAGCAGAAACAUGAUGAGAAACAUGAUGAUAAUGGAGAUGAGUUUCCCAGCUAUGCCAUUCUCAUUGCCUGUCUGACAGCAGUGUCCAUUUUUUUCAUAUUGAUGCUCUCAUUGUUGUUUUGGAAACGUAAAUACAGAAAGAAGUUUAUAAUAAAAAGCCUUGGACCAGCGGAAGACCUUGAAAAAGUUUUCAGUGGCGCUGAAGGAGAAAACAGCAUUUUUUCCCUGUGA